ACUUUUGUGCAUGGAUGUUACUCGGGACGAAAUAACGUGCUACACCAUCUAGUCUAGAUCUACAUGUAGGCUAUUUCAGUUGAGGAACAACAUUUUUCAAAGAUUGUUUUAGUUUGGUUGUCUUUGCCAAUAAUUCGAUUUCUAUAGAUACAUUUUUUUGGUGGGGGAUGCGCCAAAACGUAGUUUUUUUUAUGUGUUCAUGUUUUAACUGGUUUGUUACGUUUAUGAAAUCAAACACAGAUGCAGUAAAUUGAGAAUGACCGCUAUUAUGUUGAAGUGCCUUGUCUUGGCGCUCUUUAUUUGCGGGCACAAAGUCCUGACCGACCCGCGAGUUGAGGGUGGCCAGGAGCACUUUGAUUCCAUGGACAGUGACAGCGCUUCAACCCUGGCAUUUGUGUUCGAUGUUACUGGCUCAAUGUAUGACGACCUCAAACAGGUGAUAGAUGGUGCCUCUCGGAUCCUGGAAAAGACCCUCAACCGGAGGACAAGACCCAUCAAAAACUUUGUCCUCGUGCCAUUUCAUGACCCAGACAUUGGCCCUGUGUCCAUCACCACUGACCCAAAGAAGUUCCAGCAGGAUCUGCAGGAGCUGUUUGUCCAAGGAGGUGGAGACUGUCCAGAGAUGAGUAUAGGAGCCAUAAAGAAGGCCCUGGAGGUGUCCCUACCAGGCUCCUUCAUCUACGUGUUCACUGACGCCAGAGCCAAAGACUACCGCCUCAAACGGGACGUACUGCAGCUGGUGCAGCUCCGACAAUCACAGGUUGUGUUUGUGCUGACUGGGGACUGUGGAGACCGCUCUCAGCCUGGGUAUAGAGCCUAUGAGGAGAUCGCUGCCACAAGUUCUGGACAGAUCUUCCACCUGGACAAGCAGCAGGUCAAUGAGGUCUUGAAGUGGGUGGAGGAGACAGUGCAGGCCCUGAAGGUUCACCUGCUCUCUUCCAAUCAUGACAGCGCUCAGGAGAACCAGUGGGAGGUGCCCUUUGACCCCAGCCUGAAGGAGGUCACUGUGUCACUUAGUGGCCCAGCCCCUCAGAUCGAGCUCAGGGAUCCCCUUGGUCACACUGUUAGAGUGGAGGAGGGCCUCACAGAGCUGCUGAAUAUCCCAAACUCUGCCCGUGUUGUCAACCUGAAGUUCCCCCGACCUGGAGCCUGGACUCUGAAGGUGGGCUGCGGUGGCCGCCACACUCUGAGAGUUACAGGGGUCAGUAAUCUGGACUUCCGGGCUGGGUUCUCCAGUAUACCAGUGUCUGAGUUCAACCAUACCAGGGAGAGACCCAUCAAAGGAGUUCCAGCCCAUGUGCUGCUGAAGUGUACAGGACUGAAGCCCCCAGGUCAGCUGAGUCACAUGGAGUUAGUUUCAGGUUCAGGACGCUCCCUGCGUACCCUCCCCGUGCCUCUGCCCUCUGACAGUGGCAGCCGAGGACUCUGGAGUGUCCCAAAAUUUCGCACUCCUUCCCAAAGCUUCUUCCUCAAGGUGACAGGGAAGGAUGAUGAAGGAUACCCCUUCCAGAGGUUGUCCAGUGUCUCCUACACAAACAUCAUCCCAGAUCCCCCAGCGGUGAGCAUGCCCAAGGUGGUGAACGGCUUUUAUAUGCAGCCCGCUAUGAUUGGCUGUUCGGUAGAGAGCGACGUUCCCUAUAGGCUAAGGUUCACCAGGAGUGGCGUUGCUAUUGGGGAGGAGAAGUUGUUCCAGUUCUCUGGCAAAGCAUUUUGGGAAAUUCCACAUGCCUCAGGUGAGGAUGAGGGUCCGUACGAGUGCAUCGCUCAGAGCAGCGCAGGACUCAGACGAGCGCUCACACAGCUGACCGUGAGAGAGCCUCCUCCGGUGCUGAAGGCCCCACUGAACGUGAGCUCUACGGUGGGGGCUGUGGCUGUGAUGGCCUGCCAGGUGGAGGGCUCCAUGCGCCACAACCUGACUUGGCAGCGGGCAGGCCUCACUAUCUUGGCCCACUCCGGGAGGGUCAGGGUCCUGCCCAACUCCUUCCUGGAGAUCAAUGAGGUGCAGCCCCAGGAUGCCGGCCAGUACCAGUGUGUGGCCACCAAUGCCAACGGAGACAGCCGAGUCACAGUGUGGCUGCUCGUCCCAGAGGCCCCUUCUGUGGUAGUCAGACCCCAGAGACAAGCCUUCUCCAGGGGGUCUGAGGUCCGCCUCGUCUGCACAGCAGCCGGCUCCCCCCCCCCGCAGCUCUUCUGGAGUCAUGGAAACAUGUUCCUCCCUAAUCGGCCAAGGAUGAGUAUAUCCAACCACGGAGGUCUAACAAUCAGAGAUGCCCUCCCCGAGGAUGCUGGGAACUACACCUGCCUGGCAACCAACGAGGCUGGAACUGCCACUCAGACUGUGUCUCUCAAUUAUGCAGAGGAACCCAGUAUCUGGGUGGUGAAACAGGUUGUGAUGGUGGCAGUUGGAGGUGAUGCGACUCUGGAGUGCCGAGCCACCGGAGUUCCUCUUCCUCUGGUCAAAUGGUCCAAAGGUGAUCUACAGGCGGGCUCAGUUCCUUUUGCUGAGCAGGACGUGCAUCACGGGACGCUGCAGAUCCGAGGAGUGCAGGCGAUGGAUGCUGGGGAGUACAGCUGUGUGGCCAGUAACCCUGCGGGAACCUCGUCUGCUACUGUUAUCCUGGAGGUCGGAGUGGCCCCUCUAUUCUCAGAAACCCCAGUUGACAUGACAGUGGAUGUGGGGGAGAAUGUCACGCUGCCCUGUGUUGCCCGGGGUUUCCCCUUGCCUACAGUUACCUGGCGUCUAAAGGAUGGUAGAGCGAUCAUCUCUGAAGCAUACAGCAGCGGUGGCACGGUGCAACUAGAAACAGGGCAUCUCCUGAUCCAGGAUGUCUGGUUGGAUGAUGAAGGCCUGUAUGUCUGUGAGGCCAAGAAUCAGUUCGGAACCAUCAGGACUGAGGCCAGAGUCAGUGUCAGUGGACUGGAGCCCCCUCUUUUGGCACAUGGUGCCCCAGUCAUCACCACUGGGAUUAGUCAGUCCCUGAGCAUACCCUGCAUGCUAUUGGAUGGAAUACCCCUGCCAGAGAGACACUGGACCCACAAUGGAAACCAACUGCAACUGAGUGGCAGGAAGUUCUUGAGGAGCGAUGGCAGCCUGUACAUAGAGAGGGCACUCCCAGAGGAUGCUGGAAUCUAUGUUUGUACUGCAGUGAACGUAGCCGGGUCGGUCAACACAUCAGUCAGCCUGGAAGUCCAUGUGCCCCCAGAGAUCAGCGCUGGUCCAUACCACUACAUAGCCAACGAGGGCGUGGCCAUCACCAUGUCAUGUGAGUCCAGCGGAGUUCCCAAGCCAACUGUUGUCUGGUCCAAGGGAAGGGAGCCCCUGCCCAGAGACAGGUCGUCCCCCCAGUCAGACCCUGAUGGCUUCCUCCAUAUCCUCAACCCCACUGCAGAAGAUGCAGGCAUAUAUAUUUGCACAGCCACCAGUGCAGUGGGCUACACCAGCCGUGAGAUCAAGCUUAGUGUCAACACCAAGCCUAAGCUCGUAGGUGUGAGUGGUGAGGAGAACACGGUGAAAAUGGCUGCUGAGGUGGGCUCUGAGGUCAUCCUCCCUUGUGAGGUCCAGGGCAGUCCCUCUCCUCUGGUCACAUGGAGCAGGAACGGCCAGCCAAUCCCUCCAGUCACUGCUUGGUUCACCGUGCUGCCUUCUGGUUCUCUCAAGAUCACCGAUGUCCGACUGAUUGAUAGUAAACUUUACACCUGCUCAGCAGAAAACCCAGCCGGCAACGUGUCGCUCAACUACAAUUUACACAUACAAGUUAAGCCCAAGAUCCAGGCAGCUCCGUCCCUGCUGAAGGCGCUGAUAGGCCAGACGGUGGUUCUGCCAUGUGUGGUUCAGGGGGAGCCCAGACCUGAGAUCAGCUGGUUCCACAACGGACGUCCUGUCGGGGCGAGGGACACUGCAGCCAUCAGAAUCCACAGGGCCAGCCUCACUGACCAGGGCACCUACAGCUGUGUGGCCAAGAACACUGCUGGACAGGAUACCAUGGAGGUCAAACUGGAGGUGCUAGAGGCCCCGUCCUUCGCUGAGCCUGGAGAUGCCAUCAUGGAGAAAGUGUCUAACAGCAAGGUCACCAUCCCCUGCCCCGCCGAAGGCUCACCCUUUCCAAAGGUGCGCUGGUUCAAGAACGGUCUUGGGAUAUUCCCUGACCAAUCAGAGUUCUCUGUGGCAGAAGAUGGCUCUCUUGUGAUUGGCUCUGCAUCUGCCAGUCACAGCGGGGACUUCAAGUGUGUGGCCAGCAAUGAUGCAGGCUCUGUUGAGCGGAAGACACGGCUGAAAGUGAAUGUUCCCCCCGAGAUACAGGAUGAUGGACAGUCCAUGAACCUGACUGUCACCCUGAAGCAGCCCCUCACUCUUGGCUGUGAUGCCUUUGGUAUCCCCUCCCCCACAAUCACCUGGACUAAAGACGGACAUAAUGUUGUGGACUCCCUUGGAGUGUACCUUCAGAAUGGGAAGAGACUUCUGAGAAUCUACCGGGUCCAGGAAGAGCAUGGUGGCCAGUUCACCUGCACAGCUAGUAACACAGCCGGGCAGGCCCGAAGGAACUACAACAUUGUAGUACAAGUGGUUGCUGGACAGGAGGUGGAGGUCCAGUGUUGGGUCGGUGGGCGCCCAGCCCCCAAAGUAGAAUGGAGCCGGGAUGGAGAGGUGCUGUCCAAGGAUGGUGACCCCCAUGUGGAGUUCCAUGAGCAGGGCCAGGUGAUGAAGGUGAAGACAGUCAGACUGAGGGACCAGGGCUUGUACCAGUGUCUGGCCAGUAACAGCGCUGGGACACAGAUGCGCCAGUUCAGACUCAUAGUGCUAGCUCCCCCCACCAUCAGGGGCCCCAGUGAGACCUCAGAGGUGUCUGUGGUGUUGGGUUUCCCCACCGUUCUGCCUUGUGAUGUAGAAGGUUCUCCCAUGCCCAGUAUCACCUGGCUGAAGGACAACCAGCCCAUUGUGUCCAGUGCCCAGCUCACCUACACCCGGGGUGGGCAGGCGCUACGGCUGGGGACAGCACAUGGAGACAGUGCUGGUAUCUACACCUGCCGAGCCUCAAACCCUGCAGGCACCACUCUCAAACACUACUCACUCAGUGUGCUUGUUCCACCCCAGAUUGAAGGCAACUCUACAUCUCUGAGUUUUGGCGGCCGAGAUGAGAAAGUGCGUAUCAAUGGCUCAUUAACCCUGUCCUGUCUGGCUAAAGGCUUCCCUGAACCCAAGACCCAGUGGUUUAAAGAUGGACUGUUGUUGACUAGGAAUUCCCACACUGGUAUUCGUGAGAGUGGUCAGUUCCUUCACAUAGACAAUGCCAUACUCUCCCAUGAGGGACAAUACACCUGUGUGGUCACCAACACGGCAGGAGAGGACAAGAGAGACUUCUAUGUCACCAUUCAUGUUCCUCCCAUCUUCCAUCGGGUGAGUAACGGUGCAGCAGCCUGGGGUCUGGGAGGAGAGGAUGAAGAAGAGGAGGGAGGGGACAGAGAUGAUGAGAUAACUGAGAAGAGAGAGGUGGUCCUGGGGCAUCCCAUCAGCCUGUCCUGUGAGAGUAACGCCAUCCCCCCGCCCCAUCUUAGCUGGUAUAGAGAGGGACACAAGCUCUCCACUGCUGACAGAGUGGUACUGCUUCCAGGUGGGCAGGUGCUCCAGAUCCCUCGGGUCCAGCAGGAGGAUGCUGGAAAAUAUACAUGUCAGGCGGUGAACGAAGCAGGAGAGGACCACAUGCACUUUGACCUGGAUGUGCUGGUUCCCCCAGUGAUAACUGGCCAGUUGGAUGAGUUCAUGCAGGAGAUAGGAGCGAUAGUGAACAGCACAGUGGCUCUCCACUGUGACGUAACGGGUCAUCCAGCACCAGCAAUCUCCUGGCUGAGGGACGGCACACCACUGCACUCCGGACAACACCAUAGCAUCAGUAAGGACGGGAGACAACUACAGGUCCUCAGUGUGCAGGUAUCAGACAUGGCUGGUUACCUUUGUGUGGCUGAAAACAAGGUUGGAGCAGUGGAAAAGCUCUUCAGUCUAACAGUGCAAGUUCCCCCAAGGAUGGUGGCUGGCAGGGAGGAGGAGGUGAGUGUGAUCCAGGGACACAUGGUGUCCCUGCUGUGUGACGUCCAGGCGUACCCUCCUCCAGAGAUCACAUGGACCAGAGAUGGACAGAUCCUCCAGUUCAGCAUGGGAAUCCACAUCCUGCCAGGAGGUCAGAUGCUGCAGCUGCCCCGGGCCAGACUAGAGGAUGCAGGACAGUACGUGUGCACUGCCACCAACUCAGCAGGCCAGGACCAGAAGAGCAUCCUACUCAGUGUUUAUGUCCUGCCCACAUUGAAGCCCCGCCUUGACUCUGAGUCAGAGUUCGUGACCCCUCAGAUGGGCUCGUCUGUCACUCUGCGCUGUGAGGCUUGGGGGAUCCCAGAGCCUGAGGUCACAUGGUACAGGAACGGGCUACAGCUGGCAGCUGGGAAUGGACUGAAGGUGGACCAGCAGACACUGGAGAUCAUGGGAGUGCAGAUGGCUGAUGGUGGAAUCUACACCUGCAAGGUGUCCAAUGUGGCUGGACAGGUGGACAGGACCUUCCGCUUGACUGUCCAUGUUCCCCCUGUCCUGGAUGGGCCUCUUCAUGAGUCUCUCACUCAAAACCUGGGUUCCCAUGUCACCUUGUUGUGUGAAGCUACAGGGGUCCCAGUACCUAGCACCACCUGGCUGAAGGAUGGCACCCCUAUUGAGAGCAGUCUGCAGUGGCAGUGGUCGGUACGAGGCAACAGACUGGAGCUGGGUCCUCUCACCCUCUCUCACGCUGGGACCUACACCUGUGUGGCCAAGAACAGGGAGGGACAGACUCAGAAGGAUUACACUCUCACAGUGCAAGUGUCGCCCACGAUCCUGGACUCUGGCCACUCGUCUGACCUGAGUGCCCCAGUGGGCGAUGAUCUGACUCUGGAGUGCAGAGUGACAGGGACACCUGCACCCCACCUCAGCUGGCUGAAGAACGGUGCCACUCUGGAAGAUUCAGACCCCCAAAAAAUAGACAUAGCCCCUGAUGGGAGCACUCUAACCCUGCUAAGGCUCAGGCCUGAGGACUCUGGGACGUACACCUGUCUGGCUGUCAGCCCUGCUGGCCAGGAGAACAAGAUCUACACCCUCUUUGUACUGGUACCCCCGUCUAUCUCGGGCGAGACUAGCGCCCCCAGAGAGGUGCAGACCACCCAGGACAGUGUGGUGACACUGGAGUGCCAGGCAGCGGGAAACCCUCCACCUCAGAUCAGCUGGCUGAGAAAUGGACGCCCCCUGCUCCUGUCUCCCCGUACCCGCCUUCUCUCAGCAGACGCUGUACUUAGGAUUUCUCCAGUGCAGCUGGCAGACUCUGGGAUCUAUACAUGUGUGGCACGCAGUCGCGCUGGCCUCGCCGAGCUCAACUUUGACGUACAGGUUCAAGUGCCUCCAGGUGUGGAGCCUGUAGAGUCAGUCACAGUGGUGCGGGGGUCCUUGGUGACACUGACCUGUGAGGCGCGGGGUGUCCCUCCUCCCUCCCUGACCUGGCUGAAGGACGGCCAGCCCCUGUCCCUGCACCGUAACCUGCUGUUGGACGGCCAGGAGACACGGCUGCAGCUGCCUGAUGUGGGGCUCUCUGACAGAGGCCUCUAUAGCUGUGUCGCCAGCAACCAGGCUGGCAGCAGCACCAAGAGCUUCAACCUCACUGUGUUGGUUCCUCCAAAGAUUUCCAUCUCCAGUUCUCCAGAAGAGUUGAUGAUAGCUGUGAACACUGCUCUGGAGCUGGAGUGUACUGCUGAGGGCAUCCCUCCUCCUACCCUCAGCUGGCUCAAGGAUGGGCACCCCUUACAGGGAGAAAGUGAGAUAGUGCAGGAGGAUGGACACUUUCUUAGGAUUACCCAAGUGCAGGUAGAGGAUGCAGGUCUUUAUACCUGUCUGGCUACCAGCCCAGCGGGCGAGGAUGGAAAGAACCACUGGGUCCGGGUUCAAGUUCCGCCAACUCUUCUUGGCUCUGAUGAUGUCAGAUUGUUGUCAGUCCCAGCCAAAGGACACCUGACUAUGGAGUGCCAGGCUGACCUUGACCCUGCACCUGAUAUAGAAUGGUACAAGGACGACGUGAGACUACAGCUGGGGGGUCGCAUCCAGAGGCUUGCCGGGGGUCAGUACCUGGAGAUCCAGAAUGUUAGGCCUCAGGACAGUGGCCAGUACAGCUGUGUGGUCACCAACAUGGCCGGAAGCACCAGCCUUUUCUUCACUGUGGAGAUCCUCUUGCCACCAGUCAUCAGAGAGAGCAGCUCUGAGGUCACUGCACAUAUCAGGCAGGAUGCAGUCCUGCCCUGUGAAGUAGAGGGGGAAACCUCACCUAGGGUCAUGUGGAGGAAAAAUGGCAUCCCUAUAGAUCCUGACAAUAACAAGUACACCAUGCUGUCUGAAGGCUCUCUGCGUGUAAAGGCUGUUCAGCUAAGUGACGCUGGCCGCUACUACUGCACCGUGUCCAAUCAGGCCGGAUCAGAUCAUAGUGGGAUGGACUUACGUGUGUUAGUGGGUCCCUCGAUCAGCCCUGGUCCUUUCAAUGUGACGGUGACCACAGGGGUGAGAGCCGUACUGAGCUGUGAGACUACAGGUAUACCAGCCCCUAAAGUCACCUGGAAGAGGAACGGCACUCCACUAGACCCCAACCAGCAGCCUGGCACAUACAAGUUACUCUCCUCUGGAUCUCUGACAAUUUCCUCUCCAUCCAAUCAGGAUGAGGGAUACUUUGAAUGCACAGCAGCCAAUGAGGUUGGAGAGGAGCGCCAGGUCAUUGAGGUCAUCCUACAAGUCGCUCCAACCAUUGAAGAUGACAUUACAACAGUCACUGCUAUCAAAAUGGCCCCUGUGGUGCUGCCUUGCCAUGCACAGGGCAUCCCAGAGCCCACUGUCAGCUGGACCAAGAGUGGAGCCAAGCUGGGAUCCCGGGGAGGAAGUUACCGGGUCCUGCCCACAGGAGUUCUGGAGAUCACAGCUGCUACCCCCAGUCAUGCAGGGAGGUACACCUGCUCUGCCCGGAACCCUGCAGGAGUGACCCACAAACACAUAAUUCUCACAGUGCAAGAGCCCCCUGAGAUCAGGCCUAUGACAGAGGAAGUACAAGUAGUGUUGCAUCAUGGGACGGUUCUGCCUUGCGAUGUGCAGGGUUUCCCCCGACCCUCCAUCACCUGGCAACAAGAUGGUGUUCCCAUAUCAGCUGGUCACAAACUGGCUCUCCUCUCAAACGGAGCUCUGAAGUUCUCUCGAGUCACUCUGGGUGAUGCGGGCACCUACCAGUGUCUGGCACAGAACGAAGCUGGCACAGCAAUAGGAAGGACACGUCUAGUACUGCAAGUUCCCCCAGUGCUGAGAGUUCCUCGUGAGGAGUACACAGCAGUCCUGGGCCAGCCAGUGAGCCUGGAGUGUUUGGCAGACGGACAGCCCCAGCCGGAGGUGUCCUGGCAAAGGGAGCGCAGGCCCCUCACAGAGGGGGCACACAUACAGCUCUUUGCCAAUGGCACCCUGAGGAUCGCAGCCACACAACGCAGUGAUGCUGGACUGUACACCUGCUCAGCCAAAAACCUCGCUGGCAGGGCCAGCCAUGACAUGAGGCUUGUCAUAAUAAUCCCGCCCAUGAUUCCUGUUGGUCAGCCGGAGUUGUCUGUCAUCCAGGGCUUCCAGGCCUUGUUACCCUGUGCGGCUCAGGGUUCACCAGAGCCCAGGGUGUCAUGGAAGAAAGAUGGUAACAUCGUUCCCAGCCUGCCUGGCAAAUUCACCGUGCUGCGGUCAGGAGAGCUGAUCAUUGAGAGGGCAGAGCCAGAUGAUGGUGGUGUGUUCACCUGUGUGGCCACCAACACAGCAGGCACUGUGAGACAGGACACCCGCCUGUCCGUCAACAUGAGACCCGCCUUCAAGGAGUUACCUGCUGACGUGACCAUGAACAAAGGUCAAAGUCUCAGCUUGUCUUGCCACGCCCAGGGCAUCCCUACCCCUGUCAUCUCCUGGACCGCUAACAACAGCCCCUAUCCAGUUUCCAGUGUGGACGAGGCAGGCAGAAGCUCCUUGGUAAUAGAGAAUGUGACCUUGAGGGAUGCAGGAACCUAUGUGUGCCUAGCAGAGAACAGUGUGGGCACCAUCAGAGCACUCUCAUUUGUCCACAUCAGAGAACCACCGGUGUUGAAGGGAGAGGCCCACACCUCUCAGACUGUGGCCCAGAGUGGCACUGCCAUGCUGGACUGUCCUGUCCAUGGAGACCCCAGUCCGGUCCUCCGCUGGGUCCAUGACGGCAGACCCCUUCUCGGCUCCCUUCGCCUGCAAUCCCUCCAUAAUGGCUCCUUGGCCAUCUACAGCAUCACGAGAGAAGAUGCAGGGGAGUACCAGUGUGUGGCUGAGAGUGAGGCUGGGGUCGCUGAGAGGACCAUUUCUCUCAAAGUACAGAUCAAUGGAGGUUAUUCUAACUGGGAGGAUUGGGGCCCAUGCAGCACCACCUGUGGUCGAGGGAAUCAGGAGCGAAUCAGGUUAUGCAACAAUCCAGAGCUGGCCAAUGGGGGGAAAUCAUGUGAUGCUCCCAGUAGGGACUCCAGGAGAUGUCAGAUUGGACUCUGUCCAGGGGAGGCCCCUCGUAGGGCCAGGGGGAGUCUGAUAGGGGUGGUGAAUGAUAGGGAGUUUGGGGUGUCGUUCCUGGAGGCUAACAUCACAGAUAACCCAGAAGAAGGCACCAGCACCCUGCAGGCCCACCUGGACAACAUCCCUCCUAGUGUGGGUCCAUUGCUACGGGUGUUGGUGUCUGUGUUUGCUCCCAUCUACUGGACCACAGUGCUGCAGACUAGAGCAGCCAGGAACGGCUACUCCCUGACCCAGGGCCUGUUCAGACAGGAGUCACAGCUGGAGUUUGACACAGGAGAGAUCCUUCAGUUGACCCAUGUAGCCAGAGGUCUGGACUCAGAGGGGGCUCUCCUAAUAGACAUUGUUAUCAAUGGCUUUGUCCCUCUGACAUUAUCAACCUCCCAUCUCAAUCUGCAGGAGUUUGAUGAGUCAUACGUGCAAACGGGACCAGGGCAGCUGUACUCAUGGUCAUCCCAGGCCCACCAGAGAGCAGACGGUCCCAUGGUGCUGCGCUGUAACCACUCCAUCAUCUACGAGGGCCGAGAGGAGCGUCAGGGGCCACUGCUGCAGCUCAUCAAGGUGUCCCAGAUGGAUGGCAUCUACAGCAUGUUCACGCUCAGUCUGGACUUCCAGAUCACAGCCUCCCUACUCCUACCUGAUGGGGAUGGAAAAACAUGCCCGGAAGGUUUUGUCCUGGAUACAGCCUCUUACUGUACAGAUGAGGAUGAAUGUGCUGCCGAGUCGCCUUGCUCACAUUCCUGCAACAAUGUGAUGGGUGGCUUCUCCUGUGCCUGUCCCUCUGGCUUCACCAUCUCCCCAGAAACCAACACAUGUCAAGAUAUUGAUGAAUGUGCCCAGGGCUCCCACAUGUGCCACUACAACCAGCAGUGUGUGAACACGGUUGGCACAUACCGCUGCCAGGCUAAAUGUGUCCCAGGCUUCAAGCCCAGCGCCAUGGGAUCCAGCUGUGAAGGCAAGUCUAUUCACAACAAAUACACUUUUUUGGGAGGGGGGAUUGUUUUUCAGUCAUUUUCAGAUGUGGAUGAGUGCCAGGAGUCGUCUCUCUCCCCGUGUCAGCAGCAGUGUCUGAACACCCUGGGCUCCUUCCGCUGUGUCUGCAACCCUGGCUACCAGCUGUCUGGCCAGCGCUGUCUGGACAUCAACGAGUGCAGCAGGAAUGUGUGCCCAGCUCACCAGCAGUGCCGCAACACAGAGGGAGGCUACCAGUGUUUCGACAGCUGCCCAGCUGGCAUGAGAAUGGGAGAAAAUGGAGCCUGCGUGGAUGUGGACGAAUGCCAGGAUGGAAGCCACUUGUGCCGUUACAGCCAGAUGUGUCAGAACACCAUUGGGGGGUACGGCUGUGUCUGCCCCAGAGGUUAUCAGUCCCAGGGGGUGGGCCGUCCAUGCCUGGACAUUGAUGAGUGCCUACAGAUGCCAAGCCCCUGUGCCCACCAGUGCCGUAACAUGCCAGGCAGCUUCCGGUGCCUCUGCCCACCAGGCACUGUGUUAACGGGGGAUGGGCGCUCUUGUGCUGGUCUAGAGAGAGGACAGGUCUUCUCCAACGGUAGCCGUGUCAGGGCAAGACUGCGCCCACAGCUGGUGUCGUCGCUGGGUAGGCCCAUUCCCUCUCGGCAUCAUGGGGUAUCUCGCAUCACCAGACAGAGCUGCCCCAUAGGCUAUACCAACAGAGAUGGCACAUGUGUCGAUCUGGAUGAGUGCUUGCUGAGGAAACCGUGCCAACAUGAGUGCCGGAACACAAUAGGGGGUUUCCAGUGCCUCUGUCCUACAGGCUACCAGCUGUUACCCAACGGCAGGAGCUGCACAGACAUUGAUGAGUGUGCAGUACAAGGCAUCCAGUGUGGACACAACCAGAUGUGCUUCAACACUCGUGGAGGAUAUCAGUGUUUGGACACGCCCUGCCCUGCAUCCUAUCAGAAAGGAGGAAGCCCAGGGACGUGCUACAGACCCUGCUCUCGGGACUGUGGCUCUGGGGGUUCCCCUCUGCUACUGCAGUACAAGCUGUUGACCCUCCCCCUGGGCAUCCCAGCCAAUCACAACGUGGUGCGCCUGUCUGCCUUCUCGGAGGGGGGGGUGUUGCAGGAGAUAACAUCCUUCACCAUUCUAGAGCAAGGCAAUGAGGGGGGUCCAGGGGUGGGGGCAGGGGGCCAGAUGUUUGGCAUCAGAGACGAGGCAGGCAGGGGCAUCAUCUUCACCAUGCGGCCCCUGCAGAGGUCAGGCCUGGUGCGUCUCGGGGUGCAGGCCACCACCCUCUCCACACAGGGCCGCAUCACAUACCAGAGCAUCUUCAUCAUCUACAUCUCCAUCUCUAGAUACCCCUACUGAGAUGAGCCCCCCCAGCUGGAGGCUGGAACUGACUGUGUGUGCCCCUGAGAGGCCACUGACCCCUACUUCACCAACCUCUGUAGAAUCAGGCCCACAGCCUGGAGGCCUGUGAGACAGAGCGUGCUAACCAAGCCAAGAAAGCACUAAUAAUGAGACAAGGUAAACAGUAUUAACACUAAGGAUUUCAUGGAUAUUUGGACCCUCUGGUACAGUAAGUAAACUGGAUUGAAAUGGAUCUUAAACUGUGGGGACACAAUUUUGCCAAAAUCUGUUCUUGUAAAGAAAUUGACCUUUUAUAAGAUUUGUUGGAUUCAUUACAAUGAACACUCCAAAGAUGGUCCUGUAGCAUUAGAAUGGCGUGUAGUUAUUUAUAUUGUGAUAAUGCUACAGGUGUUUUUUUUAAAGUCAUUGUUGUCACUUGAACCAGCUAUAAGGUGCUAUUCUGAAGGUACUUGACAGCUUUGUUGAAUCAGUAAGGCAAAUGGUGUUUGCAUUGCAAGAACAAAUCGAUAAGAAAAGAUUGCUUCACCUGGCCUGGACUAAACCAUCUUAAGCAGUACAAGUACAAGACCGUUUGAGAGUUUGCACUUAUCGGAAUCUGUUUUGAAUGGAGUUGGCCUCAGGUAGUAGGGCCACAAUAUGGACAUCAAUGUCCCUUUCUGCUUAAACCGUUUUAGUCAUUAGACUGUAGUAUUCUGAUUUAGCCAUCCAUCUUUCUUGAUGUGUUUCAAAGGUGCAGGAUUAAAAACUAUGGGGGGUAGGAAGUAGCAAAGACAUUGUGCUGAACUAGAACUGUUCAUUUGUAAACCAAAAGAAUACUCAAUUAGUAUUAUACAUGAAACACACCCCAAAAUCAAAGAGAAUUUGAAAGUGGAGAACCACAUUCAGUGGGUGUUUGCAGGGGCGGACUGCGACAAGCAAUCAGACCUGGCAUUUCUAACACACUGGCCCCCAGUAUUAGCCAGAUAAGUCAUUUUGCACACACAAAAAAACAAGUUAGACCAGCCCACUGGGCUAAAAAUGGACCAGCCCAUCUGGCAUUUACCUGAAAUGACAAUGGCCAGUUCACCCAUGUCACUAAGUUCACAUCCACCACAAACACUCCUCUAUGAGAUGAAGGGAGCAUACAUUUCCUGUUAUACAUGCAGCUGUGAUACAUUCACCAUAACACUGUUAUUCCAUUGCUCAACCUCUUAGACCAUGAAUGUAUUUUGCAAAAAGGAACAAUCGUAACUUAUAUACAGCGAUUAAGAUAUUCUUAACCCCGAUUUCUGAUAUCAACCCAAAGUUUGGAACUGUUGUAAAUGUAGCCGACACAAAAAAAACGUGUUGCUCAGAGUGGAAAAAAUGGAAUCUGUUCCAAAUGAAUGCACAUAUAACGACGGUACAACCUGAUGCAGAGUGUCUUGAACAUUUCCUCUCUGUGUGGCCCACAAGUUAUAUAAAUAUCUCACUGUGGUAUGGAAUUACAAACAUGACAAGAGGAACUGAUGAUGCACUACCCAAUUUAGAAAUUGCACCUUGUGCAUUCUACUAUGUCAACUUUCAAGAGUAAGUUUAAAGCCAGGCUGAGUUACUAACAAAAAAAAGAAAAGGUUUGGUUGUCGGUUCUGUUCCCUGAACUGGUUCCAAGUCCUGUCUUUAACCUUACAAGCUAUUUCAUGAAAUAUGUUACCUAAUCAUUUUGUAGCCAUUUGUUCAGUGGCUCGUUGGCAAAUUUUAUACGAUUUAUGCAAUUGGUGAUUUUGGACCAUUGCUGAUGGCCUCGACAACCCUCAGCAGGCAGUAACCAAUACAGUACAUAUUUCAGUAGGCCCUAUACUACAAUAAACAAUUUUGUCCCUGAAA